AGGAGAUCAUUUACGCAUACGCAUUUAUCAUUUGUAUGUUCAUUUACGCAUUUGUUGUGUGAAAUGCAUGCGUGUGAUAUCUUUCUUAAAAAUAUAUGUCACUUGAUUUGGUAUGUUGACAACAUAAUGUUGUCCUUUAAUAUGACGUUAAAUAAAGUGUGGAUUAAUGCGUAGAUGUUAAAGCCAUUCAAUACGUUUUCUUUCGUGAGAUAGUAGGCUAAUCGUAACUCAUAAUCUGGCUUCAUGUAUAAAUAAUUUUUGCUGAGAUGUUUACGACCAUGAACUCAUAUUCAUGUAUUAUUGUAGCAGCACAGACUCCCGCUGUAGAAAUAACAGAACUGCUCACCGACCGCGCGCAUCUCGGUUACGCGACUAAUCUAGGCUACAUACUGCUAUUUAAUCGACGUGGAUAAAGUUACAUUGUGACAGCAGCUUCCCAUCAAAUCAUUUUUUUAGAUGAUCAGGCUGUGUUAUUUAACAUGCGGUGUGAGGAACAGCAGAUGGGGCAGACAGACCUACCCAAUACCUCUGUCCGGAUAGAUGACUUUCUUUCCGACAUUGCGCAUGAGGAAAGAUGGAUCACAGUGAACAGAACGACUUUAGACAUUUAUGAAAACUUUUAUAAACCAUCUAUUCUCGCUCGGAUCAAUGCGUAAAGGCUUUAAGGAACGAUGUCUCUGAAUAUAUCGAGCUUGAACAGUACAUUUGACGCGCACUCGGUCUUUUCCUAUAACGUCCCCGCGCUUAUCUUUGGGGUAAUGCUUAUUUUUGUGAUUAUUUGCGGUAAUGUGCUCGUGUGUAUUAGUGUGUACAAAGAAAAAGCACUGAAGACAACGACAAACUAUUUCAUUGUGAGUUUAGCUGUGGCAGAUCUGCUGCUGGCUGUCUUGGUUUUGCCACUGUUCAUUUAUGCGGAGUUUCAAGGUGGAGUAUGGUCUUUGGAUUUGGCUCUAUGCGAUGGACUGAUGACUAUGGAUGUGAUGCUCUGUACCGCAUCUAUAUUCAACCUUUGUGCGAUCAGCGUUGACAGGUUUAUUGCUGUGUCUAUACCGCUAAACUACAACCGCAAGCACGUUGACCAUCGACAGAUCAUCUUACUGUCCGCCACGUGGCUCUUGGCCCUGGCCGUGGCGUCGCCUGUUAUCUUCGGAAUAAACAAAGUUCCACAAAGGGAUCCAAGAGAAUGCAAACUAGAAGACAAUAAUUACGUGGUGUAUUCUUCAGUAUGUUCCUUUUUCAUUCCUUGCCCCAUAAUGCUUGUACUGUACUUUGGGAUGUUCCAUGGUUUGCGUAAAUGGGAAGAGACACGUAAGGCCAAACUGAGAAGCGGUAUCCAGGCCUGUCGGAGGCUGCAGCAUGCCGCGGUGGCCGCUGCGUUGCCUCCUUUAUGUGCUUUGCCUGCUUCACUGCCCCGGGUCAUUGAGAGAGACUUGACACAAUCCAGCCUUGAGGAGCUGGAGGACUUCACACAACCCGCCUGCCCCUUUCCCGAGUAUAAACACAGCCCCAUCAAAACUGUGGCUUACCCGGACAUUUGCAAUGGGCAGCCAACCCAACAGAAGAAGAGAGCUAAGAUAAAUGGCAGGGAGAGGAAAGCCAUGAGGGUCUUGCCGGUUGUUGUCGGUGCCUUCCUCUUUUGCUGGACUCCCUUCUUUGUGGUUCACACCACUCGAGCUCUGUGUGAAUCGUGCCACAUCUCUCAACGUCUGAUGAGCACAGUGACAUGGUUGGGUUACGUCAACAGUGCCCUGAACCCUAUCAUCUACACCGUCUUCAACACUGAAUUCAGGAAGUUCUUCCGAGGAUUUCUAAAGCGCUGUUGUUUGACGUCCACUAAACGGACAUCGAGACGCUAAAAACAUUUAAAUGUGUAUACUGAAAGUAUAUUUAUAACACAUGCAUAUUUACUUGAAACUGUUUUGUUUUGUCAUGUUAAUCUUGCCAAAAUUUGUGCCUAUUGUAUUGACAUAUUUCAUAGCUAUAUGGGGGAUUAUAUAAUUGCAGGCAAAAUUGGUGUCUAAAGUCUAUUUUUUUCAGCUUUAUUCAAAUGGUUACAUUUUUUAUUAUUUGGUACUCAUUUUAAUGGAUGUUACACAUAACAACAUAAUACUUUCUGUUUAAAUUGUAAAAAGUCUAUGUCAGUUCUGUUACUGUCCACUCUGUUACCAAGAGUAACAGCCGUUUUCAUGCAGAGAUGACAAAAAAUACACAGAAAAUGUGUCUGAGAUCGUUCAUCUACACUAUCAGGAAUCUGUGCAUGCAUUCACACACAUAUCGUAAAGAUCCCGUAAAGUCAAGUGACAUGUUUUUUCCAAAGCAUCUUAAGUUGAUUAUACGUAAUUUAUCUCUUAAGAAAACUUCUGCUUUAAUUUUAGUUUCUGACAAGAUUAUAAGGAGCGUGUGAUGCGCUGUUGUGUCAUGCUGGUGAAUGAUCUUCGCUUCAGCUCGGAUAGUGACGAGCUCUCUGAUCUCUGCUUUAGUCCAGUUUGCCCACAUUUCUCAUUGUGAUGUUGAUCUGCGUUUAAAUCCCUGCGUCAAAGAUCUGAACCAUAACUUCUUGUUGCGAUGACAAGCACGUCCUCACUACGGCACGCCUCUUACGGCAUUGUUUCUGCGUCUUGUUCACACAGAAUGCUUCUGUGUAUGUUACGGCAAUGUUACUAGGUCCUCUUUACGAGAGCGAUCCCAGAACAUUUAAGAGACCCGUUGUGUUCAAAUUAAAGCCUCUCUGACAAUUUUACGGAAAUUUACUGGGACCUAAGUGCUGUGUGAAUGGGGUUUAUGUUACAAAACUGGCAUUUACACACAAAAAACACAGCCCAUUUCACACAGGAGAAUUCUGGGAAAUACACGGAAAAUGCAUCCUGGAUUUUUCCGGGAUCGUUUGAUUUUUUGUUCAUUCACACUGCCAAUGAUUUGCCGGCAUCUGCAAGGUCCCGGAAAGACACGUGACCUGUUUAAAGUCCUGCACUAUCUUCUACGCAUAUUACUUAUUAUUUCUCUCUCCAGAAACCACUGGCGUGCAUUUUUGUUUAUGAUAAGACUAUAAAGGAGCGCGUGACGUGCCGUUCUUGUGAUUGUUAAUAUGCAUUUAAAACCCCCGUUUUGAGGAGCUAAAUGAUAAAUCUUGGCGCGGGCAUUUUUGUUUAUUAUAAGCUCAAAUUAGCCUUGACGCGAUAUUCUUUUAUGCUGCUGAAUGAUCUCCGCUUCAGUGCAAUAAGUGACGGGCUAACUGACCUGAUAUCUACGUCAGUCCAGUUUGCUGACAUUUUUCGUGGUGAAUGUUGAUAUACAUGUAAAUCUCUCGUUUUAAAGAGCUGAACCAUAACUUUUGUUGUGAUGACGCUCGUGUCCUCACUACAACACGCCUAUUACGGCAUUGUUUCAGCUUCUUGUUCACACAGAGGGUUUUCCGUGUAUCUUAAACCCCAUUCACACAGACCUUUGGUCCCAGAAAAUACCCGUAAAAUUGCCAGACAAGUGUCUGUGUGAACACAAACUCGUCCCGUUAAUCUUCAGGGAUCGUUGACGG